GCCUACACCUACCGGUAGUCGGCUCAUGGACAACGGAUCCGCCGCCACGCAGCUACCACCACCAGCCGCAGGAGCAGCAGCAGCACCACCGGGAGGAGGGGGAGGAGGAGGAGGAGGAGGAGGAGGAGCUGGCGAAGCAGGAGGAGAUCCAGGGCGAGGACAAGAUGAAUCUAAUCGAGCAGUAGAGACAGAGGGCGGGGGACAAGAAGCAGGAGCUGGAGUAGGAGCACAAGGAGCACAAGGAGGAGGAGGAGGAGGAGGAGGAGAAGGAGGAGGAGGAGUGGACGAAAGGUCACUGGUGCCUUAUUGCAGUGGAAGCCCGAUAGGAAGCAGUAGCACCCCAGCACAGUGCUUUUGCCGCCGUCACGGCAAAUCAAGCCAGCGGGCGAGAAGUGCGAAUGCGGAGGCAGAGCGGUUUACGAUGGGUGGGAUAGCGAUCGGGCAGUCGGGACACGUCGGCGAUGGCGGUCCUGGCCCGGGGGACAAAGUCUCGACCCCGCGUAGCCUUAGCCUGGGCGACAAAGUGGUGGUGGCAAUCAAAGGGACUAGGGAUGCGAGCGAGGAGGCUCUCAACUACGCUAUACAGAAUCUGGUCCGGCCGGGCGAGAGCAUCACUCUGGUGCACGUCAUCCCGCCCAUCAAUCGCGUGCCUUUGCCUGUGGGAUACAUCCCGGCGGAGUUUUGCAAAGCGGAGGUGCUGGAGGCGUACCGCAAAGUUCUGAACGAGCAGGCUUUCCUGAUGAUGAUGGCCAUGAAGAAGAGCUGCGACGAGAGGGGGGUGGCAGCUCACCUCCAGAUCGUGGAAGGCAAAGUGAAACCGACGCUAGUGGAGGUAGCGAGAGCGAUGAAGGCCACCAAGUUCGUGAUCGGGGCCCCCAUUCACCACGCGUUGGCGAGGCUGGUGCGAGGGGAGGGCACAUCAGCCUACUGCAAGAAGCACGCACCGUGCGACGUGCUAGUCGUACAAGCGCGAAACUUCAGUCAUCAGCAACAGCAUCAACAUCAGCAUCAGCAUCAGCAUCAGCAUCAGCAUCACCACCAGCACCACCACCGGCAGCAAACUCCGUGCGGCACGGCUUCUAGCGGCGAACUGUCCGCGGAUUCCACCUCCGCUUCAAGUGCGUCGGAGCCUCUGUCUCCUGCAUCUAGCACAGGAACCUGGUUCAAUACGGCAUUGCCUCCCUCUGCGCCCCCGCCUCCCCCCCCUCCCCCUCUCCCUCCUCCCCCUCCUUCUCCUGGUGGUAGUGGUGGUGGUGCCGCGCCGGUUCAGCCCCAACUUUAUCACCACCACCACCACCACCACCAUCAUUCGGCUGCUCCUCUGGGGCCUAUGCCGAAUGGGGCAACCACCCCUGCGCUCACAUUGCAGCGGCAGCAGCAGCAGCAGCAGCAGCAGCAGCAGCAGCAGCAGCAGCAGCAGCAGCAGCAGGUUAUCCAUCAUCAGCAUAAUCGGACGAUAAGCGCAAUAAGUGGUCUGGAGGCCUACGAGGAUGACGUGCUGUCGUCAUCCUCCGCUAGCCCUGGGAGGGCCUCCCUGCGAAGCUGCGAUGGCGCGACGUCAUCGGGCUUUGAGAUGGCGAGCUGCAAGCUUAGCAACGGCAACGGCAGCGGCGGGGCAGGAGGAGCCGGGGGAGGAGGGUGUCGGGACGCGGGUGGGGGUGGAGCGUGUUUUACAAUGAUCUCCGGUCCCGAUCUCCUCGGUCGGGGGCAGAAGUUGGCAUCGGACGACCUCUCUCCUCGGCCAGGUAUGGCUUCUUCCUUCUUCCAUCGCUUUCCGAAGAGGGAGAGCGAGGAGGAUUUCGUCACAGCCGCAGCAGCAGGAGGUGGAGGAGGAGGAGGAGGAGGAGGAGGAGGAUACGCGGCGGAUGACAGCCAAUGCUCCGAUCGCGGCGGGACCGCCAUCGUGGGCAGCAGGCGCGCCGGCACCAGCCUGCGGUCCCGCUUCCAUCUGCCUGGUAUACGAGGGUUGGGAUCGCGACAGCAACGUAACGACCAGCAGCAGAAGAAGCAGGAGCAGCUGCAGCAGAUGGGUGAGCUUGAUCGACGGCUGUCGUCAAUGGUUUGGGGUGGGGGGGCAUCGCUAGCAAGAGCUUCAGGGAGCAGUACCGGCAGCAGCAGCAGCAGCAGCAGCAACGGCAGUAGUGGGAGGAGUAUCACGGCUGGCGGUAGCGGCGGCCACGAGGCGGUAUGGUCGAUAUCGGCGUCGCAGCUCGCGUUCCCACCUAGUAUUCGGAUACGAGAAGAGAAUGGAGACGUGGGGUUGAUGAAUGGGAGAGGCGGGAAGCUGAUGAGCUUGUACUCUUCCUCUCAUCGGAGGAACAGGGAUGGGGAGGAGAAACAGACAUCGGGGGUGUUCUACAACUUCUUUCAGAAGCUCAGCGAGAUGACGCAAGGUCACGGCUAUGGCUACCGAGCAGGCAAGACCAGAGAGGUGGUUGAUGCGGAGACGAUGGUCGGUAGUACCACUGCCGCCUCCUCGCGCUAUCGUGCAGACGCGUGGAUGGGUGCAGGAGCAGGAGGAGGAGGAGGAGGAGGUGGAGCAGGAGCAGGAGGAGGCGGAGGUCAUCGAGGGGUAGUAAAGCUCGCUCUAGAGCACCAGCGUAAAGAAGAUCUCAGCCCUCUCACCAUUCCGUGGGAGGACAUGUUCAACAAGUAUGCAGCUACGAAGCUUGGCGUCGGGAUCGGCAACGGAGGCGCCGGGGCGGGGCCCGUGACGUCGGCGGCUGCAUCUGUUGCUGCUGCUUCUUCUCUUCUGUCUGGACCCCUCUCGGGGAUGACGGCGAGCCCUCUCUCUGCGUCUUCCUCCUCCUCUUCCUACUCCUCCUCCCCCUCCUUCGUCACGACUGUGGGAUGUAAUCCUUCUCCGGGAAACGGUGUGUACCUCACCAAGAACGGCAGCCCAGCACCUUCUGCCGCCCCGCGAUCGAGGAUCUGUAACGCUGCUGGGGUCUCCGUCUACCAGGAAACGACGACCUUGGCCCAGCACAACACCUCGUCCGUCGCCGAGGGAGUGACUGUGGUGUUGCAGGGGGGUGACCACCAUAGGUUGUCGUCCAUACAAGAGGAACUGUUGGAACACUACGGGACCGCGGGAAGAGGGGCGAGUUGUGGGCCAGUGGGACCGACGGAUAUGGAUAUGGAAAGGUCGGCGGCCGCCCUCUUUGCGAACGAGGGGGAGGAGGGUGAUGUGGCGGUUGGCCCGCCGACAGCUGGCGGCGCCGGGGGCGGUACACGUGUCCAGUCCUCGCGCGGCGGCUUGAUGGGAUCGUCCCCCUCCUCCAAGCCCUGGAGAAGGAGAGGCAGCAGUGAGAGCAAGAAGUCGCCGUCGGACACUCGCGGGGACGUCAACAAGACUUGGACUCGUCGGGGAUCCCGUUACUCGUUCGGGCUGCCGUCCUAUCGCAGGCAGAAGAGCCGCGGGAGCGACGGCAUAUCUUUCUCCUUGGCUGUGAGGCCGGGCACGCCCGAGGAACCGGCGGGCGCAGCAGCAGCAGCUGCUGCGAAAACUCUUCCUCCCUUAUCAGCGGCAGCAGCGCAAGCGAGAGCCCAUCUCGAUCGACUGACUCCCAGUGGCAGGGCGUCCGUCGCCAAUCGGUCAUCCGACCAGAUAGCCAGCAGAGCAGAAGGGCGCAGUGCCCUCGGCAGCAGCGGGGAGUGCAACGAUGAGGCGUCGUGCAACGAAGAGGAACGAAGGAAGAGGAUGGUGAUCGAUAGCCAUGAGGAUCUAACGGCGGGAGCGUCGUCGGGCAUGCUAUUGACAAAGCAGAAGCUUGAUGACCAUCCAGCAGCAGCAGCAGCAGCAGCAGCAGGAGGAGGAGGAGGAGGAGGAGGCACAGGAGGCGCAGGAGGAGGAGGAGCAGAGGGGGGAGGAGGCGAAGGACGAGAAGGAGAAGAAGUUAGAGAGGAAGCAGUACUAGGAGGAGGAAGAGGGAGAGAAGGGGAAGGAAAGGAACGUAACCGUCUCCACAGCGAUGGCCAUGACACCGCAGCUCCCGAGCCGGUCCCCAAGCCCGCGGAGGAGGACGACGACGGCGCCAGCUGGCGGCAAAAAUGGCCGCAAGAAUCCGGGGCUGUGGUGGUGAUCGGUCCGCAAACGCCUGGGAGGACCGAGGAUCACGGCAUUGUGCACGUUGGCAGCGCAAAAGGCGGUGUAGGCUUUAUGACCUCCGACGAUCUGAGCGGGGUGGGAAACGAUGGACGUGGACAUGCGGCGGGAGCAGGCCAGGACAAGCACGACGGCCAGCAGACUGGAAAGAAGGAUGACGGCGAUGGUGUCCGGCCCGAUGUCGCAGGGGAGACGACGAAGGACAAGUGCUUGGACGGCAGUACGGCCGACGAAUAUGACCGCCACGUGUCGCCCUCUCAGCAAGCGGCUAAGGAAGUGCGCGAACUGAUUCGCAUCCUUUUGAAUCACGAAGAGGUGCACAGGCGCGUGGAAGCAGUAAUGGAAGGCAGGACGUGCCAGCUGCGGCAGGAAGUCGACAGCCUCAAGUCCGACCUGUUCAAGGUUAGAGGCCUGUUGGACCAGGCGGAGAGAAAGGCACGACAAGAGAGAGAGAGAGCUGAUCGAGCGGAAGAGACAAUCAAGCGUCUCCACGGCCAGAUGGAAAGAGUGGCAGCGGCCAGAGAGAGAGUGGCGAGGGAGAAGGAGCAGCAGCAGCAGGAGGAGGAGGAGGAGGAGAAGGAGGAGGAGGAGGAGGAGGAGGAAAGGAAGACGCACAAGGUUCAGUCAGCUGCAGCUGGAGUGACGCCGGGAGUCAGUCCCAGUCCCAGUCCCAGGCCCAGGCCCAGGCCCAGGCCCCGCUUGGGGCCCAAACCGGACGAUGGAACUCCUCUAGGCCGCGAUUCUGCAGCCGCAGCCGCAGCGAUGGAGAAGACGAAGGCGCAGGAGAAGAGAAAGAGACAUAACGACGAAAACAGCGAACAAGAUGACGACUUGCAGGGCAUGCAGAUGCUGGCCCAGGUUCUCUCCCGAGAAGUAGAAGAGCGCUUCGGCCGUCUGAUCCUCGCGACCGCGGAGAAUCACCACCAUUGAUCAUUGAACGGGACUCUUAAGAACUCUGCUCCGCUCUCUCUUGUGUCAUACAUAUAGCCAGCCCUCAACUUGGUUGGUUUUCUGAUGUUCAUUCAUCAUCACAGGUACUAUACACCCACCCGUCUUUCUUUCUAAUCUCGACUCUAGAUUGCGAUGGCUGUAGAUUGCCACUGCGAUUUUGCUAUUGCGAAUCCGAAUCCGAAUGCGACUGAGAUUGCGAUUUUGCGAUUGCAAAUGCGAUUGCGAUUGCUACUGCUAUUGCAAAUGCUGUUGCGUUUCUUAUUACUUGCGGGAGAGAUUAACACGAGGUGUCGCGCAGACUCUCGGCUGCAGCGAGAGGUGUGACAUCAAGAGAUGAGACGUGUCGCGCAAUGUCAGCUGUGGACAACUCUGGACACAAUUCCGACGGGAAGUGUCGGACAUUGACGCACAAGCUGUGUGCUGUUGCUGUAGGUGUGACUGACAUCUACCUGCUAACCUGUGCAUCACCAUCUCGGCUGGGAAGUCUCCCACCUCUACUUCCUCGUUGGUUUAUUAUCCUAUAGGCAAGUGUGACCACGAACCGUCACACCUCUCACCAUCAAGACCGUUCGAGAAGAACUCUCUUUCCCUCUCUCUCUCUCUCUCUCUCUCUCUCUGUCUCACACACACACACACACACACACACACACACACACGCUCUCACGUUUUUACGCGCGCGCGCGCGAUGGUCAGGGGAGAGUUCCAACCCCCCCCUGGAACAAAAUGGGUUUGGCGAAAAUGAGUGCUUUAGGGAACACAAACUUCCCACCCUCCCGCCGCCUUCAGCACAACCGUCCUCCCUCAGGUGAGAGAGAGAGAGAGAGAGAGAGAGAGAGAGAGAGAGAGAGAGAGAGAGAGAGAGAGAGAGAGAGAGAGAGAGAGAGAGAGAGAGAGAGAGGGUUCGAAGAACCCGUCUCUCCUGGAUGAGGGCUUUGCAUAAGGAUACUCUAACCUCCGCUGCGCGGAAUUUUGCCUUCGGGAUUUUUAUUUGUAAAGUACACAGACGUUGCCUGACUGGCAUCGCCACGUCAGCCUGGACAUAGAUAGAGACAAGCUCGUGUAUCAUCAUCCUCGUUCACAUCAACUUGCAGACCACACCCUUCCCUUCCCUUCUCUCUCUCUCUCUCUCUCUCUCUCUCUCUCUCUCUCUCUCUCUCUCUCUCUCUCUCUCUCUCUGAUUUGACGUUCUAGUUUUCGUCUAGAUAUCACAACCUCCUUUCUGCAUUUUUCUGCUCUUUUUUCUUUUUUUUUCCCCGUUUUGAACCUUUCCGUUUUCUCCGGGUUAAUUUUCUGGCGUUGUAUCUCUAGCAGUCCUACGUCUCCUUCGAUCCCCGAAUCUGUGACCCAGACCAUUCUUUAUCUAUCGACUUGGCGUAGCGUAAGGAUUGGGUUUUGGUUACCUGUAUUGAUCUGGAAAUCCACUGCAGUUUUGGAGGCUUAGCAUAGCACGGAUGGCUCACAAAAUUUAAUUCUUUUAUUCCUUAAUUCAUUUUAUCACUGACUGAUUUUUCUUGGUGGAGUCGUUCUCUUCCCCCGCGUCUCAAGGGGCCAGCUCCCCCCUUCCACCUGGGUUCCUUAGUUUUUUUUUUGCGAUCGUCCACGGUCCCAAUAAUUGCGGAACCCGGGUGAACAGGAGGUGGCUCGCGCAUCUUCCAUCGAUGGCAUCUUGCGCCGGCCGGCCAGGAGAGAGAGAGAGAGAGAGAGAGAGAGAGAGAGAGAGAGAGAGAGAGAGAGAGAGAGAGAGAGAGAGAGAGAGAGAGAGCUUACUCCUCCACUCUACCACCUACCUUCUCUUCUUUUCAUUCUCUUUUUUUUCACGCUGCCACGCUACCAUUCACCUUUCCGAUCCCCACCGCGAAAUCACCCGUCAGAAAGAUAAAUGCGUCCAGGCAGA